AUGAUAACGCCCCCGGUGAUCGAUCGUAUUAGAAGAAACGAGCAAACCGAGCAAAUCGGGCACAACAAGGGCAAAUACUAUGAUGAGUGUUGCCUUGUCAGCGUCACUGCUGCCAGUCAGGUGGUUUCGGUGACCCAAUUUCAGACCUCAACGUGCGCCGAUCGUCAGGCCCCGGGCAUGAUUUGUUCGAGCUGCAACACGGUGGCCGUCUGUGUGAAAGUCGGCUCCCUUUGGGAGAUGAUCUGGGUCGAACAGUGUAAUCCGGACGAGGGACUGUUCUGCAACGAGUUCGAAGGCGGAUGCUCCACAAGCCCGGGUUCCUGCAAUCCCGGUGGCAGUGGAAUCUUCGAGUGCAACACACCGGGCGUGUUUCCUGAUCCGCAUAACUGCCGCCUGUACCAUAUGUGCUUCAUGAACGGUAACAGUCCGGUAGCGAUCAGCAUGGACUGCGGUGCGGGUGCCUUUUCUCCGACGACCGGUGACUGCUCGCUGCUAGCGAACGACACUAUUUGUCUGUCACCGCAGUUCACCUGCAACUUUGCCGGCCAGAUGGCGGCGUGGCCCGGAAACAGCAACAUCUACUAUAUCUGCGCCGCGGACACGAUCAAUGGUAAUCGCAUAUUCCGGCCGCGUAUGUACCGGUGUCCGGCUAAUCAAGUGUUCCAGGAUGGCCAGUGUGUGCAGCGCGACGUGUCCAACAUGCCACCGGGCACGAUUGUGCCGUACGAAUGCCAACGUCCGGGACUAUUUGCGGAUCCCUCCAAUUGUCGGUACUAUUACAGCUGCAACACCGAUCUCGUUGGCGAGCACUUGCAAUGCCCAGACGGCACUUAUUUCGAGUCGAAUCUACUAACCUGUGUACUGGGUGUGUGCUAA